AAAACAACAAAGGAUACACUAUAUCGCCAAACGUUUUGGGACACCUCUUCAAAUCAUUGGAUUCAGGUGUUCCAAUCACCUCCAUGGCCACAGGUGUAUAAAAUCAAGCACCUAGGUAUGCAGACUGCUUCCGCAAACAUUUGUGAAAGAAUGGGUCGCUCUAAGGAGCUCAGUGAAUUCAAUCGUGGUACUGUGAUAGGUUUCCACCUGGGCACUAUAUCCAUCCAUGAAAUUUCCUUGCUACUAAAUAUUUCAUGGUCAACUGUUGGUGAUAUUAUGAAGAAGUGGAAGCAACUGGGAACAACAGCAACUCAGCCACGAAGUGGUAGGCCAUGUAAAAUGACAGAGCGGGAUCAGCGAAUGCUGAGCCAAACAGUGCACAGAAGUCACCAACUGUCUGCA